AAUAAUGGCGUUCACCAAAAAAUAAGACAUCGACAUAUCGACAAUUAUCGCCCGUCAUCCAUUCGGACAUUCACCAUCGUCCACCUGCCAUCAGUAUUACCGCAGAACGAUACUACCUAUUUAUUAUUUAAGAAUAAAGAUAAUUUUACUAAUUGUUGUCGUGUUUAGCGUUGUUGCGGAUGAUGCGAGGACGUUAUUGUGUACUUAAUUGAAAAACAAAAAAUAAAGAGGACAUAAUUCAGUAUGGAACCAAUAAGAAAAACUAUUAAUGAUUGUGGGAUAAAUUCCAAGUACAAUGAUAUAAUACAGAGUUCUAAAGUGUUGUCAAUCCGACUUGUUAGAUGUGAUGAUCAAGUAUUUAAUGGCAUUGUUAAACAAGAAAAUAUUGUUGAUCAAGUAUUUAAUGAAAUUAUUAAAGAGGAGAUGAUUGAAAAAACAGACCAUCAUAAUGAUAGUCAAUUAUUUCAAAUAAGAACUAAAACUGAAGGAAAAGUAAACACAAUUGAGACCAAAAUAAAAACUGAAAUAGAAUUUACUGACAUUUAUGAAUUUGAAGAAACAGUUUUAAACGAAAGCAAAUCUUCAGAGUUCAUUACUUGUAUGAAUUCGGACUUGACAUCUAACUGCCUAUGGGAAAAUCCAUUGGCUAAUAACUGUGAUAAAAUGUUAACGGUUCCCAAAUUUACUGUACAUCCAAGGACACAUUACCGAGACAAGCUGUAUAAAUGUGAUAAACAGAUUUCUGGUGCAUCAAAUUUAACAAAGCAUACAAGGACAAAAACUGGAGAAAAGCCGUAUAAAUGUGAUAUCUGUGAUCGAGCUUUUUCUCAGAAAGCAAGUUUAACUGUGCAUGCAAGGACACAUACCGGAGAAAAACCGUAUAAAUGUGAUAUUUGUAGUAAGAGGUUUUCUGUAGCAUCAAAUGUAACUGUGCAUGCAAGGACACAUACCGGAGAAAGCCCGUAUAAAUGUGAUAUUUGUAACCAAUCUUUUUCUCAGAAAACAAGUUUAACUGUGCAUGCAAGGACACAUACCGGAGAAAAACCGUAUAAAUGUGAUAUUUGUAGUAAGAGGUUUUCUGUAGCAUCAAAUGUAACUGUGCAUGCAAGGACACAUACCGGAGAAAGCCCGUAUAAAUGUGAUAUUUGUAACCAAUCUUUUUCUCAGAAAACAAAUUUAAAAAGGCAUAUUAUGACACAUAUCGGAGAAAAACCGUAUAAAUGUGAUAUUUGUAGUAAAAGGUUUUCGGCAGCAUCAAAGUUAACUGUGCAUGCAAGGACACAUACCGGAGAAAGCCCGUAUAAAUGUGAUAUUUGUAACCAAUCUUUUUCUCAGAAAACAAGUUUAACUGUGCAUGCAAGGACACAUACCGGAGAAAAACCGUAUAAAUGUGAUAUUUGUAGUAAGAGGUUUUCUGUAGCAUCAAAUGUAACUGUGCAUGCAAGGACACAUACCGGAGAAAGCCCGUAUAAAUGUGAUAUUUGUAACCAAUCUUUUUCUCAGAAAACAAGUUUAACUGUGCAUGCAAGGACACAUACCGGAGAAAAACCGUAUAAAUGUGAUAUUUGUAGUAAGAGGUUUUCUGUAGCAUCAAAUGUAACUGUGCAUGCAAGGACACAUACCGGAGAAAGCCCGUAUAAAUGUGAUAUUUGUAACCAAUCUUUUUCUCAGAAAACAAAUUUAAAAAGGCAUAUUAUGACACAUAUCGGAGAAAAACCGUAUAAAUGUGAUAUUUGUAGUAAAAGGUUUUCGGCAGCAUCAAAGUUAACUGUGCAUGCAAGGACACAUACCGGAGAAAAACCGUAUAAAUGUGAUAUUUGUAGUAAGAGGUUUUCAACAGCAUCAAAUAUAACUGUGCAUGCAAGGACACAUACAGGAGAAAAACCCUAUAAAUGUGAUAUCUGUGAUCAAGCUUUUUCUCAGAAAGCAAACGUAAAAAGGCAUGCAACGACACAUACCGCAGAAAAGCCGUAUAAAUGUAAUAUCUGUAAUCAAGCUUUUACUCAGAGAGGGAAUUUAAAAACCCAUACUACGAAACAUAUGAGAAACCUCUUCUAAAUGUGAUAUCUGUAAUAGAAGGCUUAUUACAAUAUUAAAUUUAACAAUGCAUUCAAUGACACCUACAAGCGAAAAAUUGUAUAAAUGUGAUAUCUGUGAUUCAGGGUUUUGUGCAGCAUACAUUUUAACUAUGCUUGCAAGGGCACAUACCUGAAAAAUGCCUUAUCAAUGUGAUAUCUUUUACCAAUGGUUUUAUCUUUGAUCACAUUUAAAAAUCCAUACUAGGACACAUGCCGAAGAAAACCGUAUAAAUGUAUUAAUUCUGAUAAAGCGUUUUCGAAGGCGUCAAAUUAAAACAAUCAUACAAGGAUACCAUACCCGGAAAAGUCAUUAAAAAUAAUACAUAUUCAAGAUACAUAAAAAAUGUUUUUUACAAUAUAUGUUAUUUUAUAAUUUUAAAAUAACAAUAAUGUUUUUAUCAUCAAUAUUUAACAUUAGUUUAUUACAA